CGGUCCCGGUCCCGAUCCCGAUCCCGAUCCCGAUCCCGCCGCGAUGUGAGCGCUCCCGCACCAUGUCCCGGCAGAGAGACCUGGACAAGCUGCUGUCGGACCUGCGGUCCUUCCUGCUCAUCCUGGACCGGGAGAGCCUCAGCGCCGCGGCUCGGGCCAAGAAAAAGUCGGUGUCCGACCUCCUGUCCCGGCUGCAGAGCCCCCCGUCAGAGGAUGCAGAGUACAUGAUCAUGCGCUGCCUCUCGCCCUCCCCGGGGACCCCGCAGGGCUGGACCGGCCCGGGAUCCAGGACGGCGGAUGCAGCGGGAGGGAGAGGCUGCGAGUGCCGCCCGGCCAGCGCCCCCAGCCUGCACGGAGGGAACAAGGUGCUGGGGGGUGUCUCACCGUCCCCACCGGCCGACGACUCGUACGAAGACGCGGAACCCCAGAGCGGAUGCUCCGGUGAGGACCCCCCCGCGCCCCCCGCCCAGCCCCGGCGUGCGCCCACCCCCCUGACCCCGCCCCGGCCCGCAGGCGGGGCCGACACCGACAGCAGCCACUACGAGUCGUACGAGGAGGAGGAGGAGGGUGUGACGGACCGUGCCCACUACCUGAGGUGGCCGCUGGGCACCAGCCCCGAGGCCGAGCCCCCCGGGCGCCCCGAGGCCCAGCUCUGCGGCUUCCUCUGGAGGAAACGCUGGCUGGGACAGUGGGCGAAGCAGCUCUUCAUCGUCCGGGAGCACGUGCUGCUGUGCUUCAGGUGUGCCGCCGACCUGCAGCCGGUGCUGGAGCUGGACCUGCGGGGCUGCCGCGUCACCUACAAGGACAAGCGAGGCAAGAAGAUGCCACACGCCCUGAAGGUGACAGGCACAGCAGGAGAGGUGCUGGUCAUCGGCUUCCAGAGCCGGCAGCAGGCUGAGGACUGGAGGAAGGUGAUCGAGGAGGUCAGCAGUGAUGCCCCUGGGGGGCUGGCAGCCCUCAGCGCCCCGGCGUCCCCUUCCUCGAGGCUCAGCAGGCCUGCCGGCCCCCAGCUCGGCAGGGAGGAAGAGGAGGAGGAACAGGAUCGCUCCCAGCAGAGCUCCACCCGCAGCCCACAGCCCGGCGAGGACACCAAAGGAGGGUUCCUGGCGGUGCGGCUGCGGGGCCGCUGGCAGCGGCUGUGGUGUGCCGUGCGCCAGGGAGCCCUGCGCAUGUUCCCGGAGCCCGGCCCUGCCCAGCGCCCCGUCUGCGCCCUGCGCCUGGACGGCUGCGAGGUCUCCCCCGGGGCGGCCGCCGGAUCCCCCCAGAACCUGCGCAUCCGCAUCGCCCAGCGGGGCCGGGAGCUCGCCCUGCUGCAGGCCCGGUCGGAUGAGGAGAGGGAAGCCUGGCUGAAGACCCUGCGGGCCAGGGGAGGAGGGGAGCCGGCGGGUGACGGACCCCACAGCAAGCCCCCCCCGCCUGGCGAUGCCAGCAGCCGCCCUGCUGCCGGCGGGCUGAUGCUGCGCCGUGUGUCCACCCCCAACACCUACAUGGAUGACCCCUUUGGGCAGCCCCCGCCAGCCGAGGCCCCCAAGCACCUCUACUCCAACGCAGAGCGGCUGCAGCAGCUGCAGAGUUUGGACCGGGCAGUGCAAGGGCAGCGCAGGAGACCCGUGUCUGCACUGCCCACCUGUGCCAGCAGCAAUGCCCUGGGCAGUGCCCGGCCCUCAGCACCCCCACCAGCUCCCCGGGGCAGAGCUCCCAGCCCACAGCAGGCAAAGGAGAACCCCAACCUCCGGAGCAGGGAUCUUUCCCGAUCCCAGCGCACCCUGACACUGCCCGAGAGGAAAGGGACUCGGGAUGGGCUGGACAUCCUCAUUGGGAAGAGAGCCUUUCCCAAGCUGGAGGAGAAGGUGGGACAGCUGGAGAGGGCCUGCCGUGUGAAGGGCAGGCUGAAAGCCGGCUCCGAGAUGAACCUCCUGGCCAUCGGGAAGUCACUGAAGGGCCACAUCGCUGCCACCGCCAGCUCGGCCGGCUCCGAGGGAUCAUUCCUCAGGCCGCUGCUGAAACGCACCACGUCGGCGAGGAGCGCCCUGAAACCACCCCCGUCGCCCGUCAUCGUGGAGAAGGGGAACGUGAGGCAGAAGAGGAAGGAGUGGGAGAUGAAGUCUGCGAUGUGACCCCGCCCGCCUGCAGACGGACCUGCCGGAGCGGGAGUCUCCCGGCUGCGCGUGGAUCGUGCAGGACCGGCCUGGAUUCAGCCUGGAAUCUGAUUUUUAUCCGUCCAGUAUCAACGCUACCACUACGCACAUCUAUUUUUUAUAUAUAGAUAUAUAGAUAUAUACAUAUCAAGCUCUCCCUGGGUGGGUCUCCAGCCUCUCCCCGCUGUGUUCCCUCCCGUCCCAGAACCUCGUUUUCGGGGUACAGAAUUCCCAGGUACAACUUCCUGAGCUGCUGGCUCUGCCCCCAGUGUGGGUCCGGUACAAACUGUGCAUUGGCAGUGCCCCAGCCCCCCCAGGACCCCCAUUUGGAGGGGUGGGUACAGAUCCACCCCGGAUCCAGCAGCUGGCGGGGCACACACACAGUUCAGGGGCAUCCAGUUCUCCAUUCCCUGGAGCUGGCAGGACCCAGGCUGGGCCCUGGGUGGUUUUCCAACAGCUGUGCUCCUCAGGGCUUGGUUUUCGUUGGAGAAAUGUGGUUUUUUGUUUUUUGUUGGUUUUUUUUUUUUAAGGACUAAAAAAAAAAAAUAUGUCAUAAAACGUGUGUUGUGCUGUGUGAAAGGGAGAGCUGGGGAAGGGGGAUGUCCUUGUCCUUGUCCUUAUCCUGGUGCGUUAUGAGGGGUAUCCCCACCCCAGUGCAGGGAGGGCUGUCCUUGUCCAUCCCUAUCCCAGUGCAAGGUGUGUGUGAGGUCCAUCCC